UGACAUGGUAGGAGUUCCAAACAUUCCGAUAAUAGGUGCUUCAAUGACAAAAACGUUAUUCCCCAUUAUCGAGCUUUCACUGGUUCCGGACGAAGAUGCUGUCCCAUCUUUAGUGCUCUCCGGUCCAGUGCUUGUGCAUAUAUCAGUUUUCGAUGGUACUCUGUUUCGGGUCGAUAUUGUCUCACAAAUAAUGUUCCUCUCACUUGUAUUAUCUUCGAACGGCACCUUUUCGUCUUUCACGCAUUUCAUGGCAACCCGAACCUCUCCAUCCUCCACACCAUAUGCGGGGUAAUCCAAUUUCAUUUCCUGCGCUUGAACAGCCACCGAAGGCUCUGGAAUACAUGUUGAAUCAUUCAGGUAAGAGUCCGCACAUAGCUCCAGCUCAGAUUCACCGUGGUUCGGUCUUUCCGAUUCUGCAUGCCACUUUUUUUCCGCGCUGUCACUUUGGCUGGCUUCCAAGUUCUGAACUAUCUGCUCACUCGGCUCCGUAUUGCUACUACCAAGCGCUUCUGAAGCCGCAUAAGGCUCAUGUCUAUUCAACUGGAUUUGGUCACGACCGGGUCACUGAAUGACAUUCUUCAUUGA